CCAUGAGCCGCUGGGCCCUGCCACAGGAAGCGCAGGAUGCCUUUUACAUCUUGCACGGAGACCUGCUGGUGGCUGCACUGGCGGAAUCUGUGAAGGCUUUCCGCGGGAAGCCAGGUACAUGGAGUUCUGGCUGGGAGCUGCGCAGGAUAGCUGGAAGCAUCGUCCACGAUGUUUCCAUUGAUGCAUCCGGAAGCUUUGUGGCCAGCGCCUGGCAGGAUGGAACCAUUGCAGUGGAUGCGGUUUCAGGGACCAAAGGAAGUUCCUGGAAGAGUCUGAUGCCAAAACCAGUACAUAGCAUCGCAAUCUACCCAAACUAUGCGGAGGCUCUAGGCCAGCGUGUCCUUUGCUCCGGCGGACAGGACGGUCGCCUUGUCCUCAGUCGGCGUGGUGCACUUGAAGCAAAGCAUGCGACACUUCAUUUGGGUGAGGGACCUAUCAGCUGUGUUCGAUGGCGUGGACCCUUAGUGGCAUGGGCCACUCAGAAGGGCGUCAAGCUGGUGGAUGUGGAAACUCAGCAAAAAGUGGGCUUCAUCCCUUGCUCUGGCGCUGGACAUCUCUGUUGGCUGAACGAUGAAGCCUUGCUGAUCGGCUGGGAUCAGGAAGUACAGCUGGUGGAGGUGAGACAGAUGGGUGAUGGAGUGGCCGUGCGCUUUGCAAAAGUGGUGCGAAAGCUGCCAGUACCAGGAGAAGUGGUUCAGCAACUAGCUCAGCUGGACAAUGCCUUGGCACCAUGCCCGAAAGACUUGAUGGCAGCUCUCGUUCGAUGGCCAAAAAAAGCUAAACCAACUGCUGCCCUGAUGGCCAGUCUGCAGAGGGCACUUUGUCCUGGAAAGAAACCUACAGAAGGCUGUGCUAGUUGGGAGCCCGACGAUGACGAUGAGCUGUUCGAGGAACAAGCCGCAGAGGUCUUGGCCUCUUUGCACGAGACAAGAGGCGACAUCGAGACUGCUGCACGUCUUUUGGCACGUGCCAAAAGCCUCAGAGUCUUUCCGCUGCUAAAGAAGUACCUGCCAGAAGGCCGCUUCCACAGUGCUUCUGAUUCGCUUCCACAUCUUGUUGCAUUGGAUGCUGCGCAAGCCAUACGUUUGGUGGCUGAGUUUCCGGCCAUUCUUCCGCCUGCCAAAGUGCUGUCAGCAUUGGCACCACUGGGCGAGUGCUGGGAACUGCGUUAUUUGAGGAUUCUUUCGGAAACAUCACCUGAUGCCACCGACAUGUCGCGUUUGGUGCAGCUGACAGCAGCCUUGCAGCCACAUCGAUUGGGGCUCUUGCUGGAGAAGCACUUGCUGCCCAAAGAGCAGGAACAUGUCCAGGAUCAACGAAUCGAUGUACAUGAAGCCUUGGAGGUCAGCUGGUCAGCAGGUGUCUUUGAUGCUUCUGCUAUUGCACUCCAAGCGCUGGGCCACACCCGUGAGGCCUUUGAAUUGCUGCUCCAGCUGAGUGCGGCUAAAGCGCUGGACUUCUUGGAGGCUUCUGAGGACUCUGAAGAGUUGUGGCAGCGGGUCACGACUUUGGCAGCUCAGGAUGGCAAGAUUUGUGCAAGUCUUCUAAAGCAUGAGAAGCUAACCCGCGUCAAGGUGCUUGAGAUCUUCCGAUCACUGCCACCGGGACUCGAAGUCCCAGGCUUUGGCAUCUUGACGCUAAAGGUUUUGCAGCAAGCUGAAGCUGAUUGUGACUUCUACGAACUGAUGCUGCAAAGGCUGCAUCGCCAAGUUGGAGAGUUGAGCCACCAGCUGUGCCGAAAGCAGCGCAGAGGCUGCGCCAUCCAGGCUGCGCCUUCCGCAAUCUCGGCAUCAAAAGAGUCCUUGGGCGUAGUUUUGGUUUUCUGGAGGUUCCGCUCUUUUGGCACAGUUGCUGCAAGCAAGAUUACUACAUGCGUUUGA